AUGGAAAAUUUGGAUAAUCAUUAUAAUAAAAAAUAUGAAUAUCUAAAAAACAAUUACGAUACUAUAUAUGAUGACGAAUAUAAAAAUGAAUAUAAUGAACAGAAUUAUAAUAACGAAAUGAAUAAUUACUCAAAUAUGAAUUCUCAGUAUUAUGACCAAAAUAAUGAAAAAGUUAAAUUAAUUAAUAAUAAUACUAAUGGAAAUAUAAAUGGAUACAAAAAUAAUGAUGACCCAUAUGGGAACUCAAUAUACAAUAACCCUGACCAUGAAUGUAUAGAAACGGGGUAUCAUUUUGAUGAUAAAUACGCCAAUGAAAGAAAUAUAGGAAAUAAUAUUAUGAUGAGUUCUGAUGAUUUAACCAUAUCAAGAAGAGAUAGAAAAUCAAAAAUUCAAGCUGCAUUAAAAGCUGUAUUUAUUAUUGUUAUAUUUCUUUUUAUAGUAUAUCUUCUUACAAAAUUUCAAUCUUUUAUUAAUAUAAUUAACGAUGUUAUACAAUGGGUUGGCAAACAAGGAUCAUGGAGUAUAUUAUUAUUUAUAUGUUUGUUUACUCUAAUUUCUCCGCUAUUUAUGUCUGUUGAGAUUAUGUGUGUAGGCGCUGGUUUAAUAUUUUCAGGAGUAUAUGGAAAUUUAUUGGGAACAUUUGUAGCUAUCUUUGCAGUUUUUACUGGCUAUAUUUUAGGAAUGUCCAUAUGUUUUUUUAUUUCUAGAUAUUUAUUACAUGAUUAUAUUUAUAAAAAAUUAAGGAAUUAUCCAAUAUAUUUAGCAUUUGAUCAAGCUAUUAACGCUAAUGGUCUAUCCUUUGUACUUUUAAUUCGUAUGUCUCCUAUCUUACCAGCAUCUGUGGUUAGUUAUGUGCUUGGCGUUACUUCUGUCAAGUAUAAAGAAUUUGCCAUUGGAUCAGUUUCAGCCUUGCCAGGGAUAUGUUUAUUUAUAUACAUUGGAGUUUUGUUACAAGACAUAUCAAAUGUUUCAGAAUUACAUCACCACUGGGGAAAUCUGGUCAUACUCCUUGUCGGGUUGAUCUUAGGAAUAAUUGCCAUUGCAUAUAUAUCGAUUGUAACAAAAAGAAGAUUAAAUAAUUUGAGCAUUAUGAACCCUUCAUUGCCAAGGCUUGAUGUUGAUAUCGAAUAA